AUGCCAGCCAAGGCUCUGCUUGUGCUGGUGCCUGUGCUGGUGCCUCUGUCGGCGCCUCUGCCUCUGCCUCUGCCUCUGCCUCUGCUGGUGCCUCUGCUGGUGCCUCUGCUGGUGCCUCUGCCUCUGCCGGUGCCUCUGCCGGUGCCUCUGCCGGUGCCUCUGCCGGUGCCUCUGCCGGUGCCUCUGCCGGUGCCUCUGCCGGUGCCUCUGCCGGUGCCUCUGCCGGUGCCUGCCGGUGCCUCUGCCGGUGCCUGCCGGUGCCUCUGCUGGUGGCUCGCGUACGCUUCGUGGGCACCUGCCGUACGGCCGUUGGUGGCUGCUUCCCGGCGUUCUCCGCACACUGCUUCUCGGGAUCCCGGCGCUGCUCUCGCCGCCAGGGUGGCUCGCGCCCUGGGCAGGAUCCAGUUCAAACCUCAGCGCACAAACUGCAAGCAGUAA